UAUAUUUAAAAACAAAGCCAAAGGAAGAGCCGGUUCUGAUGUUCUUCUCUUGGCAGCAGGAGGUUUCUUCUUCUCCAGAAAUGAAGGAGAAUUCCCUGGUUUUUGUCUUCCUCUGGUAAGAGCAAAUCCCAGCAUUUGUGUUCACCGAAAAAACAAACCCCCUUUAGAAGAGCACCAACAACAAGAAAUCAAAAAAGAGAAAGAAAGAACCAAGAAAGCAUAGAGUUUGAAAAAAAAAAGAAAGAGAAAGAAAGACAAACUUCAAUUAUAAUCACUCAAUCAAUCCCUCCUCCCAUGUCAAACAUCACAGGUGAUGGUGGGAGCUUCUCUUCUGGCAACACUGGAGAAGUCCAGCAGCAGCAGCAACAACAACUACAGCAUCGCUUCCAUGGCUCCAACUCUGGACCUUCCACCACAACUAACAGUAAUGGCUCCACUUCCCACCAGCAGCAGCAGCAGCAGUCGGUCAAGAAGAAAAGAAACCUACCAGGAAAUCCAGACCCAAAUGCGGAAGUCAUCGCUCUAUCGCCUACAACCCUGAUGGCGACAAACCGGUUUAUAUGUGAGAUCUGCAACAAGGGGUUUCAGAGGGAUCAGAACCUGCAAUUGCACCGGAGAGGCCACAACCUCCCAUGGAAACUCCGGCAGCGGACGAGCACCGAGAUCAGGAAGAAGGUAUACAUAUGCCCCGAGCCAUCCUGCGUCCACCACAACCCAGCUCGGGCACUGGGCGACCUUACAGGAAUUAAGAAACAUUUCUGCCGGAAGCACGGCGAGAAGAAGUGGAAAUGUGAUAAAUGCUCGAAGAAGUAUGCGGUGCAGUCGGACUGGAAAGCUCAUUCGAAGAUCUGCGGCACUAGGGAAUACAAGUGUGACUGUGGAACCAUCUUCUCCAGACGAGAUAGCUUCAUCACGCAUAGAGCUUUCUGUGAUGCAUUAGCAGACGAAAACAACAAAGUGAACCAGGGCUUAGUGUCCAGCUUUGGAAGAAGCUUACCAGGCCAAGUCUCUGAGCUCAUGUCGUCCAUGCCCAUAAACACCACCAACAAUGCAUCGAUGGGGAUAUCCGAAUUUAACCAUCCCCACGCCAAGAACCCUCUCAAGCCCCUAGCCAAUGAUCUAAUGUCUAUGCCACUCAAGUCUCUGAACAUGGCCGGCGGCAUGUUCUCCAGCAGCGCCGGAGCCCUCCUCGGCAGCCCAAGAGGCAUCAAUUCAUCCUCCUCUUGCCUUCAGCUAUGUGCCAACAGCUCGUCCAGCUUCGACGGCCUCAACGACACUAAGAACGGGCGCCAUCUCGUCGGAUCGGCCUACAUGUCCGCCACAGCUUUGUUGCAGAAGGCAGCUCAAAUGGGUGCAACCGCAAGCAGCAACAUCAACUCCUCCGUGAUGCAAAAGAGCUUCCUAUCGGGCAUGACGGGGACUGAUCAGCUCUCCGGCCUGAGACCAUCGGCUUACGGAGGAAUGCAGCAGGACAACAGCUCGUAUAAUCACAUCCAACAACAACAAACAGACCACUCACAACUAGCUGCGAUAGAAGGCGGAGGAUUCUCGAGCCAGUUCUUGCAGAAGUCCACACAAGAGACGUCGUCGUCGACCCAGCUUUUUGUUGAGACCACGGCGGGCGUCCAGAGCUCAGAGAUGAAUGACAUGGGAAUAUUCUCGGGGAUGUUCGUGGGAGGUGAUCAGAACCAUGGAUUCUUGAAGAACAUAGAGCAGGAGAACUGCAGUAGUACUGUUAUGCCAUCACAAGGAAGGAACAUCAACCUGGGGUUGGAGAUCCCCCCGACUAGACUGAAUCCGGCGGGGCCAUCGAUAAGGUUUGGAGGGAACAGCGGCGGAGAUACGAUGACAGUGGAUUUCUUAGGGAUCGGAGGGUCGGGACUGAGGAAUUUGCAAGAACAACAACAUCAACGGCAACAACAGGGACUGGAAUUUGAGGCAAUCAGUCAGCGGAGGUUGCAAGGAUUGCAUCAGUUACAGCAACAGAUAUCACAUGGACAAGCAGCAAUGGAAAAACCCAUGUGGGAUGUUUGAGAGAGAGCUGCUCCGGUCGCUUCGAUCUCUUUCAUCCUUUUGGCUUGUAUAUUUGAAGGGUUUCUCUCUUUCUCAUAGAUUUCAGUUUCAGCCAUGGAAGAACCCAGGUGGCUUGCUAAAGAGCAAGGCACUAAGGACCUUGGCUCUGUUUAGGACAAUUCAUAUCGAUCUAGACUUUUGAUCCCCGAAAAUGAUUUUUAUAUUGACUUGAGGGAACCCCAAGAAGAUUGAAGCUC